AUGAAGUUUCAGUGUGACUGUGUAGAAUUAGGGUUUGUGCUAAUUAUUCCUUUUUUAAUAGGUAAAGAACCUCUCAGUUUUGGAAGGACUACUAUUGCAAACCUGCAAAAAGGCAAUGAUCUUGUUUGGCUUCAUACUGUGUUUGCAGUCACCUACUUGAUUGUCACAGUUGGCAUCAUGAAACAUCAUAUUUCACGAGUAAAUCAUCGUGCCAGAAGUUUAGAGAAAUGUGCAAUUUUUAUUGUUGGAAUCCCAAAAGAUGCCACAGAGGAUGCCAUGGACGGUCAUUUUAGAGAAGCUUAUCCAGAGUGCACUGUAUUAGACGUCCGCCAAUGUUAUGAUGUGGAAAAACUCAUGUAUCUGGAUCAAGAAAGAAAAAAAGCUGAAAAAAGUCUUGCAUAUUACACUCGUCGGCUUGAGAAGUUUGGGAAACGUGAACUGAUUAACCCCAAACCAUGUGGCCAGUUUUGCUGUUGUAAUGUUAAAGGAUGUGAAGAGGUAGAUGCUAUUGAGUAUUACUCCAAACUUAAGGAAACAAUGGAAUUGCAGUAUGCAGAGGAAAGAGAAAAAGUUGGCACAAAAUACUUAGGAAUGGCUUUUGUAACUUUCCAGGACAAUGCAAUGGCUGCCACGGUUCUUAAGGAUUUCAAUGCUUGCAAGUGUCACGGCUGUAACUGCAGACAACGGCAACUGUCUACAUACAGUAAUGGACUCAAAGUUUCACGAUGGGCUGUUACUUAUGCCCCAGCUCCACAGAACAUUCAGUGGGCAAAUCUUUCUGUGAAGGGGUGGAGGAGGUGGGUUCGAUGGGCUUGCAUUAAUUUUUGGCUAUUUAUACUGCUUUUCUUCCUGACUACACCUUCCAUUAUAAUUUCUACAAUGGACAAAUUCAACGUAACAAAACCAAUUCAAAAUCUAAAUAGUGCAAUAGUUAGUCAGUUCUUCCCAACACUCCUGCUGUGGUCCUUCUCUGCAUUACUGCCAACCAUUGUAUAUUAUUCAACACUGCUGGAGCGACACUGGACAAAGUCUGGAGAGAACCGGACUACAAUGCGCAAACUCUACUUUUUCCUCAUUUUUAUGGUUUUAAUAUUACCUUCACUGGGCUUUACUAGUUUGGACGUGUUCUUUCGCUGGCUUUUUGACAGAAAGUUUUUGGAAAAUGUCAAUAUGAGAUUUGAAUGUGUAUUCCUGCCUGACCAGGGAGCCUUUUUUGUGAAUUAUGUAAUUGCUGCAGCGUUUAUUGGCAGUGGCAUGGAGCUUAUACGUCUGCCAGGCCUCCUCCUUUAUACCAUACGCAUGGCAAUGGCAAAGUCAGCUGCUGAACGAAGGAACAUCAGACAGAAUCAAGCCUACGAGUGCGAGUUUGGAUUCAUGUAUGCUUGGAUGCUUUGUGUGGUCACAGUUAUCAUGGCAUACAGUAUCACAUGUCCCAUGAUUGUCCCCUUUGGUUUGAUCUACUUGAUGAUGAAGCACAUGGUUGAUCGUUACAAUAUAUAUUAUGUUUUUCUGCCUGCAAAACUGGACAAGAAAAUCCAUUAUUCAGCUGUAUAUCAGACUAUGUUAGCACCUUUACUCUGUCUUAUUUGGUUGUAUUUCUUCUCAGUUGUACGCCUAGGGUUUUCAGCUGCUACAUCUGUCAUCACCUUUAUUGCUCUGUGUGUGGCCAGUGUUGCUUCUGUAGGAGGUGCUUGCUGGGGUUGUUUGAAGUAUCUGAAUCCACAAGCAUACAAGGUACCGGUACCUUCCUGUGAGACUGAUGGUGGAGCAACCUCUGCAGCUUCUUCCAAGACCGCUACAUAUAUACCAAGAGUGCUGAUUUCUUCAGAGUCCACUCCUUUAGAUGUGAAUGGUCCCCACCAGUCAUAUGGAACCAUGGAAGAUGAGUUCCAGCAGAUAGAAGAUAGUGGUGACAAAGUCCAUUUAGUGGAACCCUCUUCUAGCGAGAGCUAGUGAGUGGUAUAAUGUGCUGACAGGAGUAUUGACAUAAUAGACACUAGCACUGCUAAGCACUGGCUGCCAAUCUGGUGAUGGUCGAGCAAGAAUCACAACAUUUUUAAAAUUCCACAGCAUUCGAUGCAGCAAAGAUGACCUGAAUUUUGUGGAAAUGCUGCCAUAAUCAGGACCCCUUUGUAGUAUGAAAAAGUAUUGAAGGAAAAAUUAUUGUAGAUAACUUUAGGCCAUUUUGCGAUCGAGAUUCAAUCAAGCAAGAACAUUGAUAUAUUUCUGGUUGCAGACUCCAUAUUAAGUAUGUUAAAAUCUAAUUGUCCAGAUUUCAUUUCUUUGCACUUCUGAUAUUUGAGAUGAAGAUACUCGGCAUUCUAGCUGAAAAUGUUAACUAUUUUAAUUGCCAUGUUCAAGCAUAUGUACCAGCCUUUAUCAUGUAGUUUAUCUUGUCAUUUUUUAUAUUAUAACCUGCUACCAAGUAGGCUAAUACCGUAUGUCAAUAUCUCUAGUCUGAUAUACAGAAAUGGCAAGAAAAUGCCUCUGGUUUCUGAUGUUCUUGGCUAUACAGCAGCAUUAUUAUACAUUAAACACAGUUAAAUGUCAUAUGACAGCAGAAUUCUGGAAGCAAUUUCUAGAAUAAUCAAGGUGGUGAAAUUAGUCAACAGUAUUUAUUUAACCAUUGCAUUUUAAGUGGUAAUAGAAGUGGAUAUAGUAAAUUGUUGUAGUUAUUCGUACUGUCAUUCAUUUUCAGUGACAGUCUCUAUUUUAAAUGAAAGGAAGAGCCAUGUAAGACUGGUCUUUUACAUGUAGAUAAGGUAUAGUGAAAAAUAAAUGUGAAUUUAUUUGUAAG